GCAAGUGAGUUGAUCUGCAGCUGCGUCGAAUGUUGAGACCUCGCUCUCGUCGUCUCUGCAGCAGCUGUCUCCAACCAGCUCAGCCCUUUCUGAUUCGUCUCAACGUCUUCGCCUCCUCAAACAGUCAGCUUCUCCACCGUCCUUUUUCAUCUACACGGCGAUCCUACGUGAAGUCAAGCGGGAAGAACUUGGGCGCGAAGCUACUACUACGACCUGAAGAAAUGUUUGAUGGACCGCAGUAUCCGCAUUUAGACAGUCUCAAUGCUUCCCAGCUGACGGCGGCGACGUAUGAUCCGGAACUCUAUCCGGUUUUGCAGAUCCUUGCUGGCCCUGGAUCAGGGAAGACGCGUGUCUUGACCACGCGUGUUGCGCAUUUACUCCUUCACCAUGGUCUCUCUCCUUCUUCGAUCAUUGUGGCCACUUUCACGAACAAGGCGGCGAAGGAAAUGAAAGAGCGCAUUCAUCGCAUCCUUGGAGUAGAAAACUCUGGGCUGAUUCUAGGGACCUUUCAUUCUGUUGCAUGCCGUUAUCUCAAAAAAUAUGGCGAUCACAUAAAACUGGAAAAGGACUUCGGAAUUGCGGAUGCUACUCAAACUACAACGUUGAUGAAGAUGGCCAUCAAGCAAGCUGAUUCUGAAAUUUCGGACAAAAUCGCUAAGAAUCGUAUAUCACAGCUGAAGAGCAAGGGACUAACUUGGCAACAGCAUGCCGAGGAUGAAGCUCGAAAACGGAGAUCAUCAAAACUUCCGCAUUACGCCGGUAACUCUAAAUCAGACAACGACGUAGUUGACGUCUAUAGGGAGUAUGAGACGUUACUAAAACAGCAGAAUCUCUUUGAUUUCGAUGACAUUCUGAUAAAGUGUCUUGAUUUGCUCAAAGCACGCCCUCAGUGCGUCGGCAACAUUCAGCAUGUGCUCGUCGACGAAUAUCAAGAUACCAACUUUGUUCAAUACGAGUUGAUGCGACUUUUUGCACAAAAGGCCAAUAGGAUCACCAUUGUUGGUGAUCCUGACCAAAGCAUCUACGGCUUCCGAAGCGCAGACAUCACGAACUUGGAGAAGAUGUCAACUCAUUAUCGCGACCACAGUGUCACCGUUAUCAACCUGGAAGAUAAUUACAGAAGUUCGGGGGCAAUCUUGGAACUCGCUUCCCAGGUUAUCAGCCAAGACCGGUCGCGGCCGCAGAAACAGCUCAUGCCAAAUCGACCUGACGGUCCGAAGCCUGUGCUUCGAGUGCUGGCGGACGCAACGCUUGAGUCUGAGUGGAUUGCAAGAGAAAUCAAACGAGUCAUAGCAUGUACAGGAGGUAUGAUAACCUACAAUGACGUGGUGGUGUUAUUGCGAUCAGCAAGGCCGACCCUUAUGCGACUGGAGACAGCAUUCACUCAUGCUGGGAUACCUUUUCACGUGGUUGGGUCAUUUGAAUUUUUCCAAAGGAAAGAGGUGCAGGAUAUCCUGGCAUACCUUCGCGUAGUACAGUCUUCCUCUGAUCUGGCAAGCUUCACACGCGUUAUCAAUGUCCCUGCGAGAAGUUUAGGGCCGAAGGCAUUAGAGAAGUUGCUCGCCCAAGCACAAACGCGAGGAUUGCCUGUUUUCGAAGCAGCCAAUAGGGCCGCGAAGGGCGAACUUGGUUUUGCCAGCACCGCCUUGAAGUCAUUGCAGGAUUUUGCUUCGGUGAUCAAUAAGGCACGUGCAAUGGCCAACAACAACGCUUCUGUCGAGGAACUCAUCAAAUUCAUCACUGCAAACAUCAACUAUCGGGAGUAUCUGGAGAAGACGUAUAAAAAGGAUGGUGAAGAGGGGUAUCUUGAGAAAUGGGCGAAUGUAGAAGAGUUGAGUAUCUACGCAGACCAAGUUUCGGCUGCGAUUGCGGAGGAUCUGCCUGAUGUGGAAGGCAUUGACGGUAACAUCGCAGAUAUGUCGAAUCUCGAGGUGUUCUUGAGUGGCGUAUCACUUGUAUCUGAUCGUGUGGAGAAGGGAGGAGAAGCCAUCCAGCGAGUCACUGUCUCAACUAUCCACGCCUCGAAAGGUUUAGAAUGGCCAGUUGUAUUUAUUCCGGCUGUCUUCGAUGGGUCGAUCCCGAAUUCUCGAGCGGAGGAUCAGGAUGAAGAGAGGCGUAUCUUGUAUGUUGGCCAGACGAGAGCACAGGCUUUGUUGUAUCAUUCCUAUCCAGAAACGAGUACGAAUUAUGGUCAACAGGAGGACGCGCGUGUUUCCCGCUUCUUGAACGACGUUCGCGAACGAAAGCUGCUUCAGGCCAGAGGUCCCUCAUUUGCUGGUGGUCUUGCCGCUGAGGUUAGCAGACUUUUGGACAGGCCGAUGCCAAGCCUGGAGAAGAUUGAGGAGAUGACGUCUAGGUUGUCUUCCGUCGAGGAUGAAGGCUUGGGGGGGGCUCCAUCACCUGUCCGCGGGCGCCGCAACAGUUUCGGGCAGAAUAUUUUCCGUCGGUUUAGCCCUGAAAGAGCGGUGCGUCAUCAGUACAGUACCGUGUCGUCGUCUACGGAUGGUAUCUCGCACGAACAGAGUGGAUUUAUGAGUUCCAGAACUGCACUGAACCAGCUACCUGUGGAACCAUUGAGCGCGGGAAACAACCGCCGAGCGUCAUCGUCUGAUCGGCGUGAGAAGCCUAUCACUCUGAAAAAGCAGAAGACCGACCCUAAACAGGGGGUCUUGGCUGACUGGCUUGGUGCCAAACAACAAGUGAAAGCACCAUCUCAUGGACAAGCUGCAAUGCCACCGCCCGUCAUUGACCUUACGGAGGAGGACCUCCCACUUCCUACACCUUUGGGUCGCGUCGAGACGGUUACUACCACUAUUGGGGAGGAACGAUAUGUUCUUCUUUCUUCAUCCCCACCGCGGGAGUCUCCCGUGGUUUCCAGGUCAAGGGUUGUCUCGAAAGGGUUACAGCAUACCAAAAUGACAUACACAGUACCAGCACCAGCACCUGCACAACCCAGACCGACACUGCCACAGGGUACCAGUUUGCCGGGCAACACAGGAUUGAGGAAGCCUGGCAAGAGAUUAGGGAUGGGUAGACCGAAGCCAUGGGGAUCUAAAUAA